AUGGCAUCUGGUUUUCGAGCUAGGCAGAUGUUGGAGUCAUUCAGAUGUCUUCGGUACUGCCUUCACAGGCUUAGCAACCUGGCCGGCUGGUUGCGUGUUUACCAAUGUUUACCUAUUCGGGGUCGUUGCCUUUUGCCCUCACUCCAGCAUGUCGGCAGCACCAUCAGACGGCCUCCACAUAUGCUCAUGCUGGAUAGGCUACCGCACAUGCACGCCUGCACUUUUACUCACACCUACACCAUAAAAGCAGAUAUUAUUACACGCUUUUCGGUCACACAAAUCUCCACUCUACCUCAAAAUGAGUCAUGA